CCAUAAGUAAAGCUUUAGAUCCCGUGACAUCCGCCUUCCCUGCCGGCCCUAAUGCAGGUACCGCCGCCGCCGCCGUCGCUCCUUCCUCACCCCGCCAUCCCCCACCAUGCACCUUCCCUUCCCUCCACCGUCCCUUCACUCCACAACACAACCAGCACAACAACCACCACCGCCAUGGCCACCACGGCCCCCGUCCCCAUUCCCAUCCCCUUCCCUCCCACGCGCCACGAGCGCAGUGCUCUGAUUCUGUACGCCUCCGAAACCGGCACUAGCGAAGAUGCCGCGCAUCUACUUGGUGGGAUAGCGCAGCGCCUGCGGUUUGCGACGCGGGUGGCGGCUAUGGAUGGAGCGGGUGUUAAUGUUAACGAACUCCGGAAGUAUACGAUUGUCGUCUUUGCCGUCUCGACGACGGGGCAGGGCGAAUUCCCUGCCAAUGGAAGGAAGUUGUGGAAGUCGCUGCUGAGGAAGAGUAUCCCGGCUGGUUACCUGCGUCACGUGGAUUUUACGACGUUUGGGUUUGGGGAUCAGUCGUAUGUGAAGUUUAACUGGGCUGCGAGGAAACUGCAUAGGCGGCUGCAGCAGUUAGGAGCUAACGAGGUUUAUGCGAGAGGAGAGGGAGACGAGCAGCACGACGAAGGGACGGACGGUGCGUUCAUACCUUGGUCUCUAGGGUUUAAGAAGCACCUCGUGGAGAACUAUCCACUUCCUGACGGGAUAGAACCUAUUCCAGACGAAGAGUUUCUGCCACCAAAGUAUAUUCUCCAGAUCUUGAAUCCUGAGAUCGAUUCUACUACUCCAACGCAAAACACAACAUCUCCCAAGAUGAAUGAAGGCACCAAUGACCCCUGCCUCAAAGAAGGCUUCGAUGCAGCCGAUCUCAUCACGGAUGAGACACCACCCCCAGAUGAUAUCAUCAGCAUCCCUGGCCACAAAGUCCUGACGCUCACAAAAAACAUCCGCAUUACAGCCGCAGACCACUUCCAAGAUGUGCGCCACAUCGUCCUUGAGAUGGAAGGCAACAUCCACUACGAACCCGGCGACGUCCUAACCCUCUUCCCCAAGAACUUCCCCGCCGACGUCAACUCCCUCAUCGACCUCCAGGGCUGGACUUCCAUCGCCGACAAGCCCCUCCAAGUCAUCGACAGCGCCGCCCACCCCACCUCCCCCCCCUUCACAGCCGCAAUUCUCGACCUCUACUUCCCCGUCGGUCGCCCCCCCACCCUCCGCGACCUCCUCACCCACAACCUCGACAUCACCGCCAUCCCGCGGCGCUCCUUCCUCGGCGCCAUCGCGCACUUCACCGACGAAGAGACACACAAGACCAAGCUCCAAGAAUUCUCCAACCCCGCCUACACCGACGAGUACUUCGACUACACCACUCGCCCUCGGCGCUCGAUCCUCGAAAUCCUCCACGACUUCCCCACAGUGCACCUCCCCUUCCAGAACGCCCUAGCCCUCUUCCCCCGCCUCCGCGGCCGCCAAUUCUCAAUCUCCUCGGGCGGCGCCCUGCGCCAGCCAAACGGAAAGGAAACAACCACCUUCCACCUCACCAUCGCGCUUGUCCGCUAUCGCACCGUCCUCCGCAAGGUCCGCCAGGGCGUGUGUUCGCGCUACAUCGCGUCUCUCCAACCUGGCACCCCUCUCGCUUGCACCCUCUCCGAUGGCUCCCUCAACAUCAGCGCCCAGGACUCGCCUAUCCUCCGUCGCCCGCUCCUGAUGAUCGCCCCCGGCACUGGCGUGGCGCCUAUGCGCAGCUUGAUCUGGGAGCGCUCGCUUGUGCUCGAGCAGGAGGAUGAGUUGCGCUCCAUCGAGUGCGGGAGCGAGAACAGCUACGAGGGAGCUCCGCGCGCCAAGACGGUUUUGAUCUUCGGUGGACGCAACAGGAACGGCGAUUUCCUAUACGAGCACGAGUGGCGCGACUACAAGCUCGGUGUCGAAGUCCUCGCGGCGUGGAGCCGCGACCAGCGCGAGAAAGUGUAUGUCCAGGACGUGAUUCGUCGCGAGGCGGCGCUGGUGUGGGCGAUGCUGAGGCCGUGGGAGAUGGUGAGGGGCGGGGAUAUGCAUGAUGCGGAGAGGGGGGGUGAUCCGAAUUGGACGGGGGAUGGGACGGUGAUUGUGUGUGGGAGCUCGGGAAAGAUGCCGGUGGCGGUUAGGAAGGCGAUUGUGGAUGUGUUUGAGUUGGGGUUUGGGGGGGAUAAGGAGAGGGCGGAGCAGGGGGUUAGGUUGUUGGAGAGGGAGGGGAGGUAUUUGCAGGAGACUUGGUAG